AUGCAUUACCAGCACUACAGCCAGAAGUCUUCUGGCUCUCAUGAGUUUCACUGGAUAUCGUCACUGGCUAGUAAAUUUUUUCUAAAGCACCAACUAUGCUGUAAUGGCCGAAAGAUGAGGAAAGGAUUGUUGUUCAUAAUGUUUUGCUACCUCCUAAUUGACCUGAUGGCUUCGACCCUUAUGUUGCCAUGGCUUCCCACUAUUAUCAAGGAAAUGUGUGAGAAGGAUAUGACUUUGGUUGCUAUUAGGCGGUUUGUUCAUGGCAAAAUUUUAGGCGUACCUGAAGGAGCAGAGCUCUCUUCUCGCGAUGCAUCAUUUGUUGGCAGCAUUUCCAGUUCACUCAUGUCUCUAGCUCAGUACGUCUCCUCUUCCACAUCUGGCGCCAUGUCUGAUUCCCUCGGUCGUAAACCUGUUCUUCUCACUCUCCAUACGCUGGGUGUCAUCUCCUAUCUACUCUGGUCAGCCUCUGGUGCCUCUUUCAUUUGGUUUGUACUGGCGCGCAUUCUGAGUGGCGUAUCACGUGCCAACGUCGGCGUACUCUCGGCCAUGGUUUCGGACGUCUCUGACCGUGAGACACGAACCCGUGGCAUGGCCACUGUCGGUGUCGCAUACUCCAUCGCCUUCCUGGUCGGUCCUCCGGCCAGUGCUUGGCUUCUCGGCCGCCUCUUUUUCAAUUCUGAGGCUGGCGUCAGCGUUCUUGAACCCCAUAUUGGUCUAGCCGCCGCCUCUCUUGCCGUUCUUGACUACAUUUGCCUCUUUUCCUUCCCGGAGACUGCAUCUCUACCGGAUGGGAAGGAUGAUGAUGCCAAAGUCAAAAAGGAGGGUGCUUCAAGUGGAUCAUUCUGGCAGUCGCUGAAACUGCUCAAUCCUUUGGAGCUCUUCCGUUUCCGCAACAUUGAAGAUAAAAUUGUGCAAGCGAAACUGCAGCAAAUGGCACGAGUGUUCUUUCUUAACAUGCUUCUCUUCUCCGGCCUUGAGUGCUCUCUCCUGUUCCUUGCUCAACUUCGAUUCGGUUAUACCGGUCAAGACCAGGGGCGAAUCUUCAUAACCACUGGUGUAACUAUGAUUAUCAUCCAAAGUGGUUUCGUGAAACGCUUCAAGGGUGGUCGCGAGGCUAAAACGGCUUGCUGGGCGAUGGGUAUUCAAGCACUGGCCUAUCUUGUUCUCGGUUUCUCAAACAGCGAAUUACUCUUCUACUUGGGACUGGUCUUCUUCAGCUUUGCCUCUGGCUCCUUCGUGCCCGCUUUUAACGGCCUCGCCUCACUCUCCAUAGGACCCCAACAACAGGGUCAAACAAUGGGUACCUUCCGUUCCCUGGGUGGUCUGGCGCGUUCUGUGGGGCCCGGUCUGAUUGGUGGAUUGAUGUGGUUGGUCGGUCCUUCCAUUGCCUUUACUCUCGGGGCUCUUGCCACCUUCCUUGUUAGUGUCCUCUUUCGGCGCAUUCCCAACCUCAACACCAUCGCCACUCAUACCUCUACCCGAGUCAUGUCCUCCUAG